GUCACUCUGGACCGACCUGUUGUAUUGCUUCAACCUUCUUUUGCCUCUGCAUCUGACGCUGGUGAGCUGAAUAUAGCUUCUAACACCGGGUCUAUCAUGACUGGGAGUGGACAAGAUCCUGGUACUUCUAUGCCUCCUAUUCAGUCGCAGCCUCCGCAACAGCAACCUCAACAUACCUCCUAUGUGAUUAGGCCUCUUUCCAACAGCCUUACUCUGACUAACUGUGGGACGGCAUCUACUGGUAUGGAUAAUGGAGGCUCAGGUGCAUCUAUUGUUGCCACACCAAUGGGCGCCGGUACUAGCGUUCUUAUACGACCAGGCCAACGCAGUCAAACUUCUGCAUUAAUUUCUUCUAAUUGUAACAAUAACAGCAACACGUCUAUCAUUUCAGUCGCAGCAGCCUCUACCGGAAAUAGUGCAGGCUCUGUUACCAGUGUUUCUAGUUCUGGUCAUUCAUCUGGUCCCCAGGUUAUUUAUUUGCCCUCUAUCUCCGCACAGAGUGGUUGCUUGAGUCUAAGCAAUUCUUCAAGCUCUGUAGCUGGCCUCACCACAGCUGGUGAUGUUCGCUUGGUCAGUUUACAGACGGUUUCGGCUGCUCCACGCUCUUCCGUUGCUGCCGGAGGUCUCAUUUCUACUCAUUCAGUCACAGGCCAUGUCGCAUCUCCCAUAGUUGCCACAACAUCGAAUAAUGCACAUUCUGUCGUUAUCAUGACAACUGGGGGCUCGCCAUUACCUUCUGGGCAAGGAGAUACUUUUGGGGCCCAGCCCAUCAGAGGGGCUCCCGGAGGUUCUGCGGGUGCUGUGGGAGGGAGCCAAACAGCAAGACUGUUGAGUGGUAUGACUUCUCUCAAGCAGACUGGGGUCCCGUCGGCCCGCCCUACAGUCUUCCGUGAAUCCUGCGUUCCAGCAUGGCGUGGUCUUAAGGAAACUAUGACCUCAAUUCCUUCAGGAUCGGUGGGCCCACUUUUUCACUGUUGCAUUUUUCCUACUCACAUAUUUGGCAAAUAA